AUGAACGUAUUAUUCAUCGUCGGCCUUCUAUUCUUUGUACCGCUGCUCCUGUUUGUUGUAUGGUUGGCACUUUCGUCUUGUCUCGGAGACUCAUUACGACCGAAUCAACGAAGUGGGAAUUCUACUUGGGCGUCGUCGCGUCGACAGCGGCAGAUGGAAAGGGAUAGAGAUCGGGAUAUUGCGGCGAGUCGACAUGCGCUUUAUGACGGGAUGAGGGAUAACUAUGGAGGAUCUUGGGAGGUUAUGGAGAUGCAGGAUAUGAUGGGGCCGAGGAAGGAUGAGGAAUUACGGGCAUGA